CCGGUUGAAACUUUGCCGCACUCGUCGGCAGCCGAGCACCCUGUUUGCCGCUCGCGGCCGGCUGAGGUGCUGCUGCUGCUGUGCAAAUGCGAUGAGCAAUUUCUGCGGUGGAAUUUGACACUCCAGUCCAGGUGCUGCUGUCGGUGAGCAAUUUCUGCGUGAUGAAAAACACCACACAAGAACUGGUGCCUGAAGGCCGGCAGCGCCCACGCAUGCUUGACUUCUUGCGCCGCGUUCACAACCAAGCCAACGUAGAGGGGACCGAGGACCGAGGCCCCCGGCGAAAUCCGUCCACGCGCCAUUUGUAAAUCGCGCUCUCCCGGCUCCCGCACCCCACUCCCCGUUUUUCUCCGCACCGCCCUGCUCCCCGACCCCAACUGCCGUCUCCUUCCUCGGGGAAUGCGACCGCGCGCCAGAGCAUGCUCCGCCCGGAGCCCGCGCUAGGGUUCCCCGCCGCCGGCCCCGCCCGCGCGCCCGAGCGCCGCCGUAAGAAGCAGCCGCCGACGAGGCGGAGGCGACCGGCCGGUGCCACAACGGUGGGACUGGGACCACGCGGCGCGGCCGAUCCAGAUCCCGCGCACUCGUCCGCGCUGCUGCCUCUCACCAGCGGCGGCAGCGGCAGCGGCUUUGCCUCGCGGGGCACGGUUGCGCCAGACGAGGAAGAGGGGAGAGACGGGGCGAGCUCGGCUGAAUCGCAGGAAGUGGCAGAAGCAGCAAACGAUUCGUUCUCCUACUCACUAAGAGAGUGCCAGAAGCAGCGGCGUCUCAAGUCAGAGAGGUCUGCACUGGUGCGGCCACCGGCCUCGCAUAAGCUCAAUAAUGCCGGAGGUAUUGAGCUUCUAGUGCUCUCGCCGAGGUGCUUGAUUGGUGGUAACCCGGGAGGAAUGAGCAAGAGCUCAACGACAUCAUCCCGGAGCAGAUCAGGCACAGGCACGUUCCCAAGCCCUGGGACUCCGAGCUGCAACCGGCAUUGUGCAGGCAGCAUGCAGUACUCCAAGGGUUGGAGUUCAGAGCGCGUGCCACUGGGCACUGGUAGGAAUAGAAGGUAUGGGGGCAGUGGGGUUGUGCUUCCAUUUAACAAUGGGAGGAAGCUGCCAUCGAAAUGGGAGGAUGCAGAGAAGUGGAUCCUAAGUCCAGUUUCCUGUGAUGGGUUGGGGAGGAUGUCUGCACCAGCUCCACAUCAUAGACGGCCCAAGUCGAAGAGUGGGCCACUUGGCCAUCCAGCUGGCAUUCCAGGGGCUUAUGCGGCUGUUUCACCGCUUGUUCCUUGCUUUGAUGGUGUGCUGGCAGCAGCUAAUUUCGCAGCACAUUCACCUUUCUCUGCUGGGGUUCUCAUACCAGAGCACGGGCGCAUUGGCGACUUCAGCAGUGGAAGAGACAGAUGUGGUGAUGACGGUAGCAGCAGAUCCUACUCCGCUGAGAAAGAGUCCUAUAUAUUAAGAUCUGCAAGCAUACAUGCAUGGACAGAAACACUUAUGGAGGCAUCUGCUUUUGCUAAUAUCUCAGAAGAAACCGUACAAGAUGAUAAACUGCAACGCCAGACAGAAGCAACUUCCAUGAUUUCCAGUCCAAUCAUAAAGAAAGACAUCGGCACACAGAUGAGUCCUGAGGAUAGUAUAUCUUCUCCAAAAGCGAGACAUUCCUGCUCCAGUCUGCCUUCAGGACAUCUGAUAAAGGAAGCAAAUAGUCAUAUACCUAAACCUGAAAUUCGGGACGUGCAGGUUGAUGACCAAGUAACUGUGACCCGGUGGUCCAAGCGACAUGUAACACGAGGCUCUGAUAAGAGGUCAACAAAUAUUAUUGAAUGGAGGAAGAAGACCACUGAAACCCGAACUCCAUCUUUUGAUGAAAAAGAAAGAGAAAGAUGCAUGUCACACUUUCAAUACUCCAAGCUGUCGUUGUCGUGUAUCAUGUUUAUUAAGAAAGGUCAGCUCAAUGUUGAAGUGAAGCUACUAUGGCUGUAAUACAUGUUCAAAUUCACAGAAAGGAGUGCAAAAGGGAGGAAGCAAAGAUCACAGCUUGGGAAAAUCUACAGAAAGCAAAAGCAGAGGCAGCUAUCCGUAAGCUGGAGAUGAAACUUGAAAAGAAACGGUCAUCAUCAAUGGACAAAAUUUUAGGCAAACUCCGCUCUGCUCAGAAGAAAGCACAAGACAUGCGAAGUGUAGUUUCUUCUAGUGAAGGUCAGUGUAGUGUGAGGGCAACCAAGAAGACAUCUUCCUCUGUCAAAACUGGCAGGCCUUUCAGCUGCUGCUUUACCUACCGUGCUUGCUAGUUGUGAUACACAGUUGGUGCCUGUGGAUACAGCAAUGGAUAUAGGUCUAUUCGUUUCUAAUGCUAGAAGUGGCUAUCUUUCUCAAGACCUCUUCUCAGGCAACAGUUAUGGACGCGAAGGGAAGUCAGUUGGGUUUUGACUACAAGGCCUAAUUGUUAAUGAGAUUUGCACUGAUGAAUGAGAUAUCGUUAUGGAGCAGCAGACGAAGAAAGCCACGCGAAAUCCACUCAUGUAACUGAUGGAGUGGACUAAUGCAGUCUAGUAUGCGACGAUCAAUCUCUGUACACCCGGUAGAAAAAGUUCAUGAGCUUCAUGGCAGUUAGAAUCAGGAUUGAGCUGAUAUUCAUCCCGCUUGAUGUGUAGCUAGCAUUCUUGUAACUGGAAUUGUGUGUGUAAUGCAAAUCAUGGGCGCAUUAGACUGUAAUGAAGAAAAAGUCAGGGCUGCGCCUUUAGAAUGCAGCUUGCUCACUUUUUGAGUUUAGUACUGAGACUGGGCUUGUUUGUUAUUGGUUGGCAGCAAUUGGAACUGUGACGACGUAUAUUUUCCUUUUUUU